GUCCAUCGGACAAAUUAACGCCGAAAGGAAAACCGUUGGAAGACUCCAAAGAAGAAACCGAAAAAACAUUGAGUUGUCUGCGUUCGAUAGACAAACGCAGAAUAAGCUCGAACUCAAAGCUCCCAGAGAAAAAAUGAUACAAUGGCUGACGAGGUUGAGAGCUGCAUUUGGCGCCUCGUUCAUCUGGCUCGUUUGCUUGAUUUACUUCACCCAGGGUUUCAGAUCCUUUGUAUGGACGGCAGUGUCUUACCAGCUGAAAGAUAGGCUUAAGUUGUCUCCAUCGUCUUCCCAGUUCGCGUUUUCGAUAGCUUUCUUUCCAUGGAGCGUUAAACCGCUAUACGGAAUUGUGUCUGAUUGUAUUCCAAUAAAAGGAAGAAAAAGGGUUCCCUACUUAGUGAUUGCAACUGUGCUCUCUCUUGUGCCAUGGCUUGUUCUUGGCCUGAAUGCGACAUUGAGGAAUUCCAGUUGGCAACUCAUGACCUUCUUAACAGUCCAGAACCUGGGCUCAGCGAUGGCAGAUGUAGUAGUUGAUGCAAUGAUUGCUGAGGCAGUAAGACAUGAAAAGGCCUCAUUUGCUGGAGACCUCCAGUCGAUAUCAUGGUUUGCAAUGGCUUUUGGUGGCAUAUGCGGGAGUUUAUUAGGAGGAUAUGCACUGACCAACUUACAGAUACACACAAUUUUUCUGCUUUUUUCUGUUCUACCAUCCAUACAGUUGUUGUCAUGUGGCUUGGUUGAGGAGAAAUCUGUAGAUAGUAAAGUUUUGCUUGAAUCUUCUGAUUCAAGAAGCUCCGAUGGAGCGAAUGGGAAUAGUAGUUUUCUGGAUGAUGAUAAUUUCUCAGAGAAAUCCAAUACCACCAUGUCAAGGAGGAAGAAGAGCAAUAAGGGCAAGCAAAAGAAAUCAGUUUCUGGUAAACUCGAGUUUGCUGGAAAAGAAGACUCAUUGGCUUCACGGUGGUUUCACUCUCUCAAAGCAGCCACUUAUAGUUUGUGCCACGCAUUUAAACAACCACUAAUUUUGAGACCAAUGGCUUGGUUUUUCCUAGCACACGUUUCCAUUCCGAACCUCUCGACUGUUAUGUUUUAUUAUCAGACAGAGUAUUUGAGCUUGGAUGCAUCCUUUUUGGGCACUGCACGUGUUGUGGGAUGGUUAGGCCUCAUGCUUGGAACCUUUGUCUAUAAUCGUUACUUAAAGACGAUGAAAUUAAGAAGAAUACUGAUGUUGUCUCAUCUUGGUUUGUCGAUCUUGACACUCCUAGAUCUGGUUUUAGUCACUCGAGUAAAUCUUUCAUACGGAAUAUCGGACAAAAUUAUGGUUCUUUUUGGCUCAGCUCUCAGUGACGCGAUCAAUCAAUUCAAGUUUAUGCCGUUCCUGAUCUUAUCUGGGCAGCUAUGCCCACCGGGAAUUGAAGGGACUCUGUUUGCCCUCUUUAUGUCAAUAAACAACUUAGGAUCUACGUUGGGGUCAUUUGUCGGCGCUGGCGUUGCAUCAGUUCUGAACAUCUCUUCAGGUUCUUUUGACAACCUUCCUUUGGGAAUUGCCAUUCAAAUUCUCUGCACUUUCAUCCCGAUUGGCUUUCUGUUUUUGAUACCAAAGGAAGCUACAGGGUUAUCGGCGUAGGUUCAAAUUUGUCAUUUGUCUAAUACGGUAGAGGAUUUCAUAGUUAGUGAAAAAGAAUCGAAUAUAUAUCUUUUGCGAGAUCUUCUCGAAUUGAGAGUUCUUUACAGAUGCACACUGGAUUUUGAAGUUGUAGAUACUUGUGAAUGACACAAUUCCAAUUUACUACGCGGAAUUUAUAUAUAUGUGAAAAAAUCAAGAUAUGACGAUUAAAACAUCUAGAGUACCGUCUACUCCGGA